AUGCCUCGCCCUAGAAGGCCUGGUGCGCCGGAGCCGAAACGCCGCAGCCGCAAAGGAUGCUGGCCGUGCAAGGCACGAAAAGUCAAGUGUGGCGAGGAAAAACCGUCUUGUCUCAACUGUCAGCGGCAAGGGGAAGAUUGUGAUUAUAGCGUUCGACUGAACUGGGGUGGCCGGACGAAGCGGUCGUCAGUCGACUCCCCCAAUUCCCAGUCUAGCGGACAUGGGGGUAGCGUAAUCAGCUUCUCCGAGCCUGUUACCUUCAAUACGACUAGUUCGGCUCAAUUACCAACAUCAGUGACCAGUAUCCCCGCGGACGUUGGCCAGCCGGCGACCUUUGCCUCUCCCGGGGCAAUUUCUCCUGGCACCACCGCUUCUGUGGGUAUCUUCGAAUCCCCGAAGCCUCCCUCGGGGUCUGAUGUGACCUCGCCAUCACAACUGGAGCUCCAGUUCACCACCUGGCCGGAGCAAUCUUCUCCAUUGACAACGUCUACUUCCUCGGAACCGUUGUCACACUAUCCCUUUGGUCAACAUGCGUUCGAUAGCGUAUCUUACACGGCCCCGGCAGACCAAGGUUCCAACCUCAGAUCAUUCUCCGUAUUCAAUCUCCAACCAUCCUCAGUAUCGCAGCCAGUGUCCUUCCUUCGUGGCUCCUUGGAGGAGUCUAGCCACCCGCCCGGAUCACCCACGUUCCAGAACGACAAUAAUCAAUUCGCGGGAGACGUUCAGAUCUCGGACUUUGAACAUGGCACAGGCUACCACAUGCCAGAGCGAGGUGGCACGUCUCAAAACUCCCCAGCAGCCGGGGAGCUGGCUUCCUUACUGUCGAGCCCCCAUGGCAUUUCGAUGCCGGAAACAAGUACUAGCUCGCCUUCCGCCCACGGGUUAACUCCUACCAUCCUCGCAUCCUCUUAUGACCGGCAUCGAGGGUCCAUUCAUAACUCCCGAGCUCCUUCGAGAAAUGAGCAAGCGGCGGAUAAUUCAUCGGUUGCCCAGAACAAAUGGAAGGCAUAUCUCACCAGUGUAACAGAUAACUACGGCCUGGAUUCUGGGCGCCCGGACCGGGACUUGUCUUUUAACAAUGACCACGCGGCCAUUGACAUCAACAACGCCCUGGAUUUGACCAGCUCUCGGUGGCGAAGUGAGGACGCUGGAUCGUCGCCUCAACCUUUUUCGCACAAUCCUGAUUGUUCCGGCUAUUAUGUCUCUCCCGUGCCUGUCAACAUUCCGAGAUAUCUGUCGCCACUUCCCUCGACCUUGCUGGAGAAUCCCAUCAACUUGAUGUACUUUCACCACUUCAUCAAUCACACUUCUCGGAUGCUGGUACCGCACGAUUGCGAAGACAAUCCCUUCAUGUCGGUGCUGCCAUCAAUGGCAAUUGGCGACCCAAACCUCCUGAACCUGCUGCUGGCAUACUCGGCCAGCCACCGAGCCCGGUAUCUGGGUCAUCCGGAACCCGCGAAUCGUAUUGCACACUGGGUUAGCGAUGUCUUUCCAUCUCUGCGUAUGGCAUUGGAGGUAUCCAAUGAAGACAUAACAGACAGCCACCUAGCCACUGCCAUCAUGCUCGUGUCGCUGAAAAUCGUGUCUCCCGGGACAUUUGAAGUCCCUAUCACAUGGCAGAGCCAUCUAAAACUCGCUCGUGGCCUGUUUAUGGCCCGGAGCGAGCGGAUUGCACGUCCAGGAAAUCGGAUUGGGGCCUUCUUCGCCCGCUGGCUGGGCUAUAUCGACACAGUGGGAGCCCUGUCAUGCCGUCAGGCCGGCCCUCCUCUGAUGCUGUAUCAAUCAGUUCUAAGGACAUGCUGUUCCCCCGAUCAAUAUGACGAGUUCCAGGUCGACUGCUUUACAGGGUUCACCCCACGGACUGGCGUUUUCCUGCUUCGUCUGGCACAGCUAGUCCAACAGUGCGACAAUCAGCGCUUCGACGAGAUGGGCAACUUUUGUCGGAACUGGCACCCGUCCGCCGAUAUCGUUAUGGAGGCCCACGCGGUGCUCGGUGACUUUGAAGAUCUCGGUGAGCGCGCCCACGACAACCCUCACCAUCACCUCGGCGUCGAGGCCCUGGAAAUGAUGGCGACCCAGGAAGCAUUCCGUUGUGCGGGGCUUCUACAUCUCCAUCGGCGGGUGCUGGGGUCUCCGUCUGAUUCCUUCGCGGUGAAGGAAGCCCUGCGCAAACUGGUCGCUGCACUGGGACGGAUGCGGCCUGGCGCGUCGACAGAGGUCUGCUCGCUGCUACCCAUCUUCACGGCCGGCUGCGAAUCCCAAGACUUUACACAGCGGACCAAGCUGCUUGACCGGUUCAUGGUCCUGGAAAAGUCCGGCUUGAAGCAGAUCCAAGAUGCCCGGCAGCUGAUGCAGCGGUGCUGGAAAGAGAAACUCCCGUGGGUUGCCUUGGCGGAGGGCCAGUUUCUGGGAUAG